UCUCGCGAGAUAAAGGGGUGAUCUUUGGUCAAGAUUGCCUCAUAUCUCAAGCUGUAACGAUAAACUGAUAACUUAGUCAACAGAUGAGUUAUUAUUCAGUGAAAAAGUAUGGAGUGUUACACAUUGAUAGUCGCCUGUCUUCUAUGCCUGUUGCCAUUGGCAACCUGUGUGACACCGUCAGGAACAACACCCGGGAUACAGAACAUCUUCCUAGGGCGGUGUCUGGCAUACCAGGAGAUUAUUAAACCAUAUCCCCAAACGACUGUGGAUUGUAACUCGCUAUGGGUGAAGUUUACGACCUCUUUUGAGGGAAAGGAGCCAUGCGGAUUGACGUCAAAAGACUAUAGUGAUUUUAUCGAAACUUCACUGUCUUCACUUCCUGAAGAUAAGGCAAUGUUUUGGUCAGGCACAUAUCGUGUUGCGCAUGACUAUGCAGAGUCGGGGAAACGCUUCAUCACACUGGAGGACACUUUACUAGGAUACAUAAUGAAUGGUUUGGUGUGGUGUGGACAGACAGCGCCACCUGGGAUAAACUAUCACAGUUGUCCCUCCUUUAACGGUUGUCCGGUGGCCGCAAACACAGCAUUUUGGGGAAAGGCAUCGUCCCAGUUUGCGUCGCGAGCCAGAGGAACGGUAACUGUUUUAUUGGACGGGUCAAAUCCAGCCAAACCAGCUUACAGAACGGACAGUUACUUCGCAAGGUUUGAGCUGCCGUCAUUGUCCCCGGAGGAGGUUCAGAUGGUGAACAUUUAUGUUGUUCACGCUGUCAACCAGCCAUACAGGGAGACAUGUAACAAUGGCACCCUGCCUGCCAUGCAGAGGGCUGUCAAGGAGCACGGCCUGAAGUACACUUGCCAGGACAACCCGCAGGCUAUACUUCAUCUUCUGUGUGUGGACAGUCCAGGAAGCUUGAUGUGUCGGAUAGCACAACAUGGGAAUUAUAGUCAUAUAUUUGGUUGAAGUUACAAUUAAAUGUUUUUAUUUCCCGGUGAUCUUAAGCGAAAGGAAACAUUUUCGGAAAAGUUCCGCAAACACUGACCUCUGACAGUUCAAUCACUUAUGAACUUCAACUUUUUUAAUAAAUAACUUUUCCUAAGGAGACAUUCAGUUUGUGUCGUUGACAUAGUUUCAACAGAAAGUCAUGCAUUACUUUAUCGCAUAUCAAAAAAUCUUCAUAUGCUAAAACAAACGGUUCGUUUUUACACCUAUACAUUUAAUACGGUGUAUUCUGUAAUUUGAUUGGUUGGUUCAUUCCGUAUCACAAAAUCCGUAAAAAAGAUUCGAUUUGAAUGCGAAUUUCACAACAGAUACAUUCCAGAAAGGCAGAGCGAUGAUAAACAUAAUUUAUGCAAUGUUAAGAGAGUAGCGGCCCUUUCCUAACUCUUCUAUUAGUAUACUCAGGAAAUGUAAACAGGUAAAACCAGAACAAAGGGAAAUUAUAUAUACGAAUUUAUUUACAUAAGCAAAAUUAAAUAAAUAACUGACAAGUAUUCACACUCA